GCAGUGUUUAUAAAGCAGGAGCUGAGCAGCAGCACACACUUUAAUACAGGAGAUAACAGAGCUGAUAGAAUAGACGUUCAGACUAUAUCAUCGAAAGAACACAACAUGAGCAUACUUUUACUUCUAGCAGCUGUAGCUGCAGUAUCACGGGCCCAGACUGACUGCUCUCGGGGGGCUUGUUACCCACCCAGCGAUGACCUGCUCCUGGGCAGAGGUCACCUGCUCCAUGCCUCCUCAACCUGCGGCCUCACAGGCGCUGAGGUUUACUGCACCCCAUACCAACAGAGGAGGAUGAAGUGUUGUCCAUGUGACUCCAGGAACCCAGAUGGUCCAUUGGCCCACACUGUCAAGGAUCUUCUAUCCACUUCUGGACCAAACAGAUGGUGGCAGUCCAAAAAAGAGGUGGACCCCGUCGCUCUCCAGUUGGACCUCGACAACCUGUUCCAGCUUGACAACCUGGUGCUUAACUUCAAGGGUCCUCGUCCCAAAUCCUUUGUUAUAGAGAAGACACUGGACAAUGGCAAGACAUGGCAGCCUGCUCUUUACUUGGCUACAGACUGUGAAAGAGCAUUUCCUGGCAUUCCUUCAACAACUCCUCUGACCCUGGAUGAAAUAUACUGCUACACACUGCCCCCUACUGAAACAAACCCAUACCAAGAUCACACAAUCCAGUUCAGUCCUUUGGGUCAGUAUGCUUAUGCACCUGCUUCCAAAAGCCAAAAAAUUGAAGAUGUGUCUGGGAUAACGGGGCUGAGGGUAAAGCUGACAGACCUUGGCGACGUGCCACGUCUACCAGGAAGAGCUCUCAGUAGGUUUUUUGCCUUGAGGGAGAUGAAGGUGAUUGGCAGCUGUAUGUGCCAUGGACACGCCAACCGAUGCCUGCCAGUUACCUACAACAAUGCACUGCCCAACAGCAUAAAGGUGGGUCCUCGCUGUGAAUGCCAGCACAACACAGCAGGUGUGAACUGUGAGCAGUGUGCUGAUCUCUACAAUGAUCUGCCCUGGAGACCUGCAGAGGAGGAUAACACUCAUACCUGCAAACGCUGUGAAUGUAACAACCACGCCGAGCGCUGUCACUUUGACCGGGCGGUAUACGAGGCCAGUGGGCGGAGGAGUGGAGGUGUUUGUGAGGAUUGUUUGCACCACACCACAGGGCCAAAGUGUGACCAGUGCGCUCCAGGCUACCAGCCCAACCCUCGCAGCAAAAUGGACCGCCCUGAUGCCUGCAUACGCUGUAGCUGCAGUGCUGAGGGGACAGUGAAUGGGGGCCAGUGUGACGAUAUCACAGGCUUAUGUCAGUGUAAAGUGAAUGUUGAGGGUCCUCGCUGUGACCGCUGUAAGAAUGGCCACUAUGGCCUGAGUGCCUCCAACCCUCUGGGCUGCUCAAAGUGCUCCUGUUCUCUAGAUGGCUCACUGUCAGAUGUUUGUGACCCGAUUACCGGCCAGUGUCCCUGUCGCUCCCACUUCCACGGCCUGACCUGUGAUGUGUGUUCAAAAGGCUACUGGAAACCAGCCCUGUCAGGACGCUGUCAGCCCUGCAGCUGCGACCCCACCAGGUCUUACAGUGAUGCUUGUGAUCAGGUGACCGGUCAGUGUGAUUGCAGACUAGGCUUUGGAGGGCGCACAUGUAACAAGUGCCCAGAAAACACGUACGGAGACCCUCUCAUAGGUUGCCAACCGUGUCGAUGCAAUCCUGAAGGAUCACUUCCAGAGGUUUGCGACAAGCAGACAGGAGCCUGUCUGUGUCGGCCCGGCGUCAACGGAACUCGCUGUGACACUUGCAUGCGAGGACACUGUGACACCUUCCCCGGCUGCGAGACAUGUCCCUCUUGCUUCUUCACUCUGGACGCCCAGAGAAAGAACCUCAGCUUAACGCUGGAGAAACUCUCCCCAAGAUUUCCCACACGUCCCGGGGGUGAUGGUGAUCUCGGGAACUUUGGACCUCGUAUCCGCGCCCUGGAGACUCGCCUGAAACAGAUCCGUGACUCCAUCCCCCUUCCACCCCCCACUGCCAAACAGGUCGAUGAUGCUCUGUCCAAACUCAACAAGCUCAGAGACCAAGUGGAUGAUGUAAACGAUGACCUUUCACCAGUGACAAGAACUCCUGGUCUGGACACAGAGCUGGACAAACUGCAGGAUCUGCUGAACAAGCUCAAUCUGGAGUACAAAGUCAAGAAAGAUGCCAAGGACAACUCUGUCAAUCCAAACAACGCAGAAGCACUUAAGGAAAUCCAGAACGCCUACGAUGAGUCUAAAGAUGCAGCCAAGAAGGUGGAUGACACCAAAAAACCAGUGAAGGAGUCCGCUGAGGUCAGAGAGGAGACUUUGGACCUUCAGAAACAAGUACAGCCAGGCAACAUCAGAGACCUGGACAAACUGAACCAGAGCAUGGCCUCCAAACCGGACCUCACUCCUGUCGCUAAACAGGUAUGUGGCAGUGUUCGCUCAAAGCCCUGCACCCCUCUGACGUGUGAGGGUGAAGAUUUGUGUCCACCACCCGGAACCCCACCUUGCAAGAAGGGUGAGAAAUGUGUGGGCGCCCUGCCUCUGAGCAAGAGGGCUGACACUGAUGCCAAGGACGUGAAAGACAAACUGGACAAGCUGGCAGGGAAGAUCACAGAUGCUACAGAGAAGCUUCAGGAAACACAGGAGACAACCAAUCAGGUGAGAAAGACUGCAGAGAAGCUCUCCAAUGACAUGAAGCAGGCCAGAGACGAGCUGGAGGACGACUUGAAAGAGGCGCGGGACAUUGUGAAAGACCUCAAAGAUUUCCUGUCAGACCCAACCUCCAACCUGACCAAGAUCCAGGAAGUAAGUGACUGGAUUAUGAAUGCCAAACCGCCUCUUGACCCAACUGCUCUGAGGAAGAAGCUGGACGAGCUGAAGAAGCUGGCAGACAAUCUGCCAGACAGCACAGACGUGCUGAACGAGGCUGAGCCGCAGCUCGAAAAAGCCAGGAAGCUGCUGAAGGAAGCCGUGGACGCCAGGGAUAAGGCACUGGGAGUAAAGGAUGACGUGGACGAGUUGGUGACAGGCUUAGACACAGUGGAGGGCUCCCUCUCUGACGUGGAUGAAAAACUGCAGAACAGCAUGGAUCUCUUAGAUGACCUGAACGAAAACCUGACUAAGGCCAAAGGCAAGCUGGAACCAGCUGAGAAGGCUCUGGAUGAUGUUUCCGAGCUGCUGAAGCCAAUGCAACCGCAGCUGGACAAGCUCAAAGAGCUGCUGGAAGAUGCGAGCAACAAUGCCGAAGAUGCACAGAAUGAAGCAGACAAAGCUGAGGAUGAAGCAACUGCUGCGGAUAAGGAGUUGACGACUCUGGAGGAGCAGCUGGAUCGUCUCAAAGACGCAGCUCCACCCAGUGGGACAGGAGGAGAGACGACGCCGGUGGGGGAGCGGCUGGCAAAGCUGAAGGAGGACGCUGGACUUCUGGCCAAUACUACUGAAGACAUGCUUGACUCUCUGGACGGUAAAGCAGAUUCCAUCAGGGAACUGCAGGAUGAGAUCCUUCAGAAGUCAACAAAGCUUGAAGGUCUCGACACUAAGCUUAAAAACCUUUUGGCAGAACUUCGAAAGAAAGCCAAUGACCUCAGCACCUGCCAGGGCUAAAAGUCCCCGAGCUGCCCGUCGAGGAGCGCCUGCUGCCGCCGUCACCGCAACAGGUCAUAGCAGCCUUCCACACCAUCAGCACCCGCCACUGUCAGAAAGAGAUAUUGCUUCACCAACUCUUGGUCCUUUAGUGGUGGUACUGUAGGCUUCAUUCACAGAAAUGAAGCCUACAAAAUCCACUAUGUGUGUAAAUACCUUUUAAAAGUACCAAUAUUAUUACAUUAUGAAGGUACAUAUUGAUAUUUGGUCAAAAACAUCAUGUCAUCGUGAAUUUAUCAAUAUUGUUUAGCAUUGUGUACAGAAAAAGAUCACAGCUUCUGACUUUCUGACAGCAAAGAGCCAACACAAACUUUUAUUUGUCCGCAGCAAUACACUCCAGCAUUAACACUGCACCACAGUUAUUGCAUUUUUCAGAACUGAAAAAAGGGUGAAUGUUACAUUAUUUAUUAUUUCUUUUACAUUUGUUGUUUGUGCAGAAUCACAGUAUUUAAAUAAAAGCCCAUUAAUGA